AGCGAAAAAUCCAGGAACGGACGAGCGCAUAAACUAGCCAGCCAGGAAGCAGCCGCUGCACCCCCCAUCCAUCAACCCGGAGGUCAGAGCUCACAGGUCAUCACAAAGUCAGAGCCCCCGGCCUCGAUCGUGCUCGUGCCCUUCACUCCCCAGCCAGCCAGUACUGUCCCAAUCCCCCGCGGCUCGAUCGACGACCCGCAUAUAUAAAUCAUUGAUUGUUUCCUUCCACUACACCGAUCGAUUGAGAUGGCGGAGGAGUGGUGGGGCUCCGCGCGGACCGGCGGCGACGCGCUCUCGGCGUGCUCCGCGACCCCUGCCGGGUCCGUGAUCAGCGGGACUUCCGGGAUGAGUUCGGGGCCUGCCGGUUUGCCGGACUCCGCGGCCGCUGCAUCGCCGUUCUUCCUCGCCGAUCCGCAGAUGGAUUGGACGCAAUCCUUCAUGGCCGGGAAAGUAGGAGCGGCGGCCAACGCUCCGACGAGCUUCAACGCGUUGCUCCACCUGCAAGGCGACGCGAGCCGCCAGUUCCUGCUCGAUCAGGCGGAGCAUCCGCCUCCCGUUCUGCCUACCCCCUACACCGACGGCGCGUCGCAUCAGGGGCCCGUGUACGCGGACGGCCUGUACGGCUCCAGCUUGGCCAGUAGCUACGGUGACACGCCGGCCGCCGCGACGACGAAGCCGUUUUCGCAGCAGCACCACCAGUUCCCAGAUUUCUUCAGCUCGACGGGGCUCUUUGGCGCGCCGGCCCCGAUCCAGAGGUCACCGCAGCCUCUCCUGCAGGCUCUAGAGCCCAAACUCCUCAAGUCCAGAACUGAACCUGCGGCCCAGGACGCCUGCUCGUCGUCAUCGGCGACAAGAAGGAGCAGCGCCGCCCCUCCGGCGGCGAAGAAGCCUCGGACCGAGACGCCGUCGCCGAUGCCGACUUUCAAGGUGAGGAAAGAGAAGCUCGGGGACAGAGUCACCGCGCUCCAGCAGCUGGUCUCGCCUUUUGGAAAGACGGAUACGGCAUCGGUUCUCCACGAGGCCAUCGGAUACAUCAAGUUCCUUCACGAUCAAGUUGCCUCUCUCAGCUCUCCCUACUUCAUCAGGUGCAGUGGCGGUCCGGUGCAGCUCCAGCACAAACAGGGUUCGGAUGGUGACGCCGGCGAGGCGAAGGAGGACCUGCGGAGCCGUGGCCUGUGCCUUGUCCCGGUGGCGAGCACUUACACGAUGGCCAGCGAGACGGCGGCACCGGAGUUCUGGCACCCCACCUUCGGAGGCACGUUUCAUUGAUUCUAAUAAGAUCCAUAGACAUGCAAGUAGUAUCUAGCACAUUAUAGCCAACUCAGCUAGCUAGGCAGGUAUGCAUAUAUGUGUGUGUGAUUGUGUGUGUGUGUGUCGGUUAAGCAAUGUGUACUCAUGGUCUCAUGCCACACCACUAAAUCACAGUGUUGAAGCAAAAGCGAAAAAAGCUUUUAAGCAAUCA